CUUGUGACGAAACUAAGGAUUAGAUGGUGGAGGUGCUCGAGAGGCGGGCUUGGGAGCCUACGGGGCCGAUCAAGGCACCUCGCACCUACGCAGGGCCAGCCAGCCCUGCCGAUCGCUGGCUGCGAGUCCAGCCCUGGCUUUCUCUCUCUCGCGUUCUCCUCGAGGAUGACCUCUUAGCGCGCAGGCUGCUCGCUCUUACCGACUAUCGUUGCUCGUUGCGCCGGUUGCUCGACCAGGUACUCGCUCGGCAUAGCGUCAAGGACAUUGAGAGGCCGAGGAUCGAGGCGUUUCGGGGAAAGGACCGGAAGGAAUACGGCUUGCAGCGCGAAGAGGAUCGCCAGGCGGAGGGAAGAAGGCCGCGCGACAACCGGGACUCAACGGUGAACGACGGAGCCGUGGUUUCGGCCAGGUUAGAGGAUCGGUCAGAGCUCGGAAAGGGCUCCCACGAAACGAGCGAGACUGGCGAGCGCAAUGUGGCAGAGCGGUGGCAUAGGCGCCCACGCGGCCAACAAUCCAUGGAUGAAGUUAAUGGGAAUUGUCCACAAGGACAGAAGGCAUCACGACUCGGGCAGCGCUGCCGUCGCUUCUGGUGCUCAAGGAUUAGCGACCACCGGCAGCAACGAUCGGACGCUCAAUCAAGGACUCACCGCUCCGGACUGCCCCCUCUGCGAAAAAGCGAGAAAGAGGCCGCCUCCAUGCAACAUGCAGAUGAUCCUGGUUGCUGGCGGAUCGCUGCCGAAACUCAGCAGCCAAGACGAGGAUGGGCCGAACCCCCACACCCAAUACACAGGCGUCACGCACUUCGAGCCCAUACCGCACGAUCAUGACUUUUGCGAGAGGGUCGUCAUCAACGUGAGCGGUUUACGGUUUGAGACGCAGCUGCGUACGCUGAACCAAUUUCCGGACACGCUCCUUGGCGAUCCGUCACGGCGGCUUCGAUACUUCGAUCCGCUUCGCAACGAGUACUUCUUCGAUCGGAACCGGCCCUCCUUCGACGCGAUACUUUACUACUACCAGAGUGGCGGCAGACUGCGUCGUCCUGUCAACGUUCCUCUCGAUGUCUUUUCCGAGGAGAUCAAGUUUUACGAGCUGGGCGAGCUGGCCACCAACAAAUUCAGGGAGGACGAAGGGUUCAUCAAGGAGGAAGAGAAGCCGCUGCCGACGCACGAGUUCCAAAGGAAGGUCUGGCUGUUGUUCGAGUACCCGGAGAGCUCGCAGGGCGCCCGGGUGGUCGCCAUAAUAUCCGUAUUCGUGAUCCUCCUGUCGAUUGUGAUAUUCUGCCUGGAGACCCUGCCCGAGUUCAAACACUACAAGGUCUUCAACACGACGACGAACGGCACGAAGAUCGAGGAGGACGAAGUGCCGGACACUAAGGACCCGUUCUUCCUAAUAGAGACUAUUUGUAUCAUCUGGUUCACGUUCGAGUUAUCGGUGCGCUUCCUCGCCUGUCCAAAUAAACUGAACUUCUUCCGUGACGUAAUGAACUUCAUCGACAUCAUCGCGAUCAUUCCUUACUUCAUCACGCUCGGCACCGUGAUAGCCGAGGACCAGGAGGCGAUCGAUCUACCUAAGGCGCCGGUAAGCCCGCAGGACAAGAGCACGAACCAGGCCAUGUCCCUGGCGAUACUCAGGGUCAUCAGGCUCGUCAGGGUGUUUCGGAUAUUCAAGCUGUCCAGGCACAGUAAAGGCCUUCAGAUCCUCGGCCGUACGCUCAAGGCCUCCAUGAGAGAGCUCGGCUUGCUCAUCUUUUUCCUCUUCAUCGGUGUGGUGCUAUUCUCAUCGGCGGUAUACUUCGCGGAGGCCGGCUCCGAGAAUUCGUUCUUCAAGUCCAUUCCGGACGCGUUCUGGUGGGCCGUUGUCACGAUGACGACCGUGGGCUAUGGUGACAUGACGCCCGUGGGAGUCUGGGGGAAGAUCGUGGGCUCCCUGUGCGCGAUCGCCGGUGUGCUGACGAUCGCCCUGCCCGUCCCCGUCAUCGUCUCCAACUUCAACUACUUCUAUCACCGUGAGACUGACCAGGAAGAGAUGCAGUCACAGAACUUCAAUCACGUGACCAGUUGUCCGUAUCUCCCUGGUCAACACUUGAAGAAGAGCUCGGUAUCGGAAUCGUCGUCGGACAUAAUGGAGCUGGAAGACAGCAUAUUGCUCACUCAGUCUGAGAUUACGAAGAAGCCCAACUGCAACCCUCGCCAUAAUAACAAUAUUAAUCCAGCCUGUAUAAGCAUCGAGACUGACGUCUGACUACUAGUGAAGGAGACUGUGGCAGCGUGGUGGCCAGUGCUGGAGCGGUUGUCGAAGAACAGCUGCAGCUCCCUACGGUGCCUGACGUAGGCCUCCUUCACACGUCGUCGUAGUCGCGCUAGCUGCGAGUGCUAGCGAUAACGCGUGUACGCGUGCGCGCUGGCUGUUGGAUCGCACGCGCCUCCGCGAGCGCGCGCGCGCCCUCUGUCCAUAGUCUGUCAAUACGAGGGGUGCUUCCAAAUCCAUUAUUAUACGUCAACGAGAAAGGGAACGAUCGAGAGAGAGAGAGAGAGAGAAAUAGAGAGAAAUAGAGAGAAAGGGAGAGAGAGAGAGAGACGCAGAAAUUCAACGACCAAGAAUCGGCUGAUCCUGAUCAAGCGGGUGCCACGUAAUUUCUUCCAUCGGCACAACGCGUACAAGAAACGGGGGAAAAGAGUGACGACGAGAGCGAGGGUAACGGAACACGUUGAGGAACGACGAGGUAAAACUUAUCGCGUAACAAUAAAUGUAAAAAAUAAGGAUAGCGAUAAGGGAAAGAAAGGAAGAAAGAGUGUGAGAGGUGGCGAUAGCUUCGAAGAAAAGCGAAAAUAAGACAGCCGCUUCGGAGGUGUAACGGUACAUACGCACCCCACGUAGGGACCUACGUGUUAAUAGGGGGGAUGGUGCAGGGUAAACACAUCCCGCGCGUCCAACCCCCACACCACCGACUCCAGUGUUCACUACAAAUGAUAACAAAUAAAUAAAAAAAAAAAAUAUAACAAAUAAAACGAAAGGGAAGAGAAUUAAAUCGUAGCGGCUUCGCGAGGGAAAAAAGAACAAAAAAACGUAAUAAAUAACGAAAGACCGUCGUCGAAUACCCCCUCCCUAACGAUGUUUUUCGCGCGAACCUAGUCGGAGAACGCGCGUUGGUUAACGAAAGGGGGAACCAGUCGGCGACGAGAGCAGGGAAAUCGUACAAGAUAAUACUAAUUACUUAUCGUCGAUGUAAUUAAACACACGUAGGGCGACGGUACGACGAAAACGACGUUCGUUCAAACGAUUAUAUCAACUAAACGCUGCGCGAAAGCGGACGAAGACUCGAUCGAGCGGAAGACCGGAAGAGAAACGCAAGACGGGGAACGGAAGUUACGGGUGAGAGGAUCAACUUCUGGAGUCACUCGUAAACGUUACGUACGAGGGGAACGACUAAAGAAACGCGUGUGUGUCUUGCAGCGGAGAGACUCUUCUUUUUUCCCCGCAACCGAGGACAACCCGCUCGAACCAAGCAAGCCAUCGACGUAUCUGUUUGAACGCUAGACGAUUGGAAUGCAAUUCGUUUCUCGGAGCGUAACACCGCACCCCUACGCACGCGCACACGCGCAAAACAUACAUACACACACACACACACGAAACACGUACACGCGAACAGAGACACACACACACGCGUACAGACAUCACAGAGAGACUCACACUCACACGCACGCGCGCGGCUCUUAUUACAUAGGCAAAAUCAUCUACGAAUGUAGUAACCACGACUGACGUUUGUACGAUACUUCGAAGAAUAGAUCUAGUCAACAAUCGCGUCGAUCCUCGAGCGUGCAGAAUCACGGUGAGUCACGGAAGAUACGCGAUAGAGAAAAAAAAAAGAGGAAUCACGUCGAUUUGCAACGAAAAGGACCUCACCCGUUCUGCACGAUCGAGAUUUAAUACAACGUCGACCGAGUUCCGAGCUCCGGAAGCUGCGACGAAGUUUUUCCAAACGAUCGAGAGGGACGAGAAUCUCUCGGCGACGGGAUCGAGCAGCGGAAUGAGGAAGUCACGAUCGAUGGUCGGAAAAUAAAUGUCUGCCGAUGGUGCGUAUAUAGCCGUGUUCACCGCUCAUUUCGGGCCGCGACGAAGACGCUGUUUCGUACAAUCCAGCCGCGGUACACGCGACUUCCGGUCCUUUUGUCGCGCAACCGACCGAUCCGGUAUUCGAAAAACAGUAGAGGGAGUCGAGUAGUAGCGAAAGCAGUAUCACGUAGAGGCUCUGUAUUCGCGAGCAGUAAUCUUUACGACACAAUAAUACGGAUAUCGAAAUUAGAAACGAAUUCAAUUUGCGUUCAAGGUAGGGAAGGAAGAGAGGCGCGAGUCAGGGCACUCGGGGAGAACUGUUCGAGCGAACGAAACCUUUUUGUUCUCGUCAACGAUUCGCAACGACAAAUCGCUGAUCUUGCGGAGUCGCGAGUCCGUGGGACGGGGAUGCUUCCGUGAAUACGAAUUUUAAUACAUAAACAAAUCUACGACGACAACGUCUGACGCUUUAAAUUCGUAUAUUAUAAUUUUGGUCCACCGUCUAUUGAUUCUAUUCGAUUAAAUAUAGUAUUUCGCUAAAUUAACGAGCUUCAAGCACAAACGUUCGAAUUUAGUUUUUAUUCAAAAUUGUAAAUAAAUUAAAGUAUUAGGACACUAGACAAUCAAACCACGGAACAAUUUCCACGGCCUUCCGACUCGCGGCUCGGUGGUCGAGCAACGAUAAUUUUUAAACAGCGGAUAGAGAGGGAGGGGGGGGAGUCGCAAAAUAUUUUGUUCUCUUCCACUCGCGAGACACGCUUCUUUCAUUUAUGGGUGAGAACGAUCGCGACACGUCGACUGAUCGGGGAAGAGCUAAUUUUCGCACCCUUUCGGCCGAGCGUCCAGUAGAAUAAGCGAAUUAUUAGUUAUAGUGUUAGCCGUACGCGCGUUACAAUUUUAGCGAAUCGUAUACGUCUUUAAAACCGUGGUGAAACGAGUUUGCUCGACGAAUGCCAACGCGAAACAGUAUUUUAAAAACGUUACCUACGUAUUUUUAAACACCAGACUACUUUUAAAGUAACGAUAUAUAAAAGUGAUCGCCGAAAGGGUUGAACGACCGACAAAAAAGUACGAUUUAAGGAUGCCUUUUACUUUCGUACGUUCGCGAAUUCUUUGCCUCGCUUGGCAGGUUACGCGAACUCGAAUCGUUUUCUUUCAUUUGUCCCCCAAUUUAUCGUGUAAAAAACCGGGUCGCCGAGCGAGAGGCAGAAAAAGAUGGCAGCCACAUCGGGGGUUUAAAGUAACAAACGACGGGGUAGGAGGAUUAUCGUUGCGACGAAGCUCGGAUAAGAAAUUUCUGUCGCGUCUCGAGUCCAUGGCAAAAACGAAUUGGCAGGCCAAUCGAUCCCCGUACGCGGAAACGAUCGCGCUUUCCCUAUCUCUUCGCUGUCAUCUCGAUGUUUCGUCUCUUUCCUGGCGGAGAAAGCGCAAUUCCGAAUCGCCAAGACUGCCAUUUCACCAUUCUCAGUAAAAUAUUAACGAAAAUUAAGACGAAAAAAACGAAACAAGUAACGCCGCGUAAACGAUAUGUCCACGAUUAUUUCGAGAAAGUCGUCCGUGCUCGAACGCUUUCCGAUUCAGAAAUCGACCCGAAGCGGACGCUGCACCGUUGCACGCCGAUUUUUUCUUCUCGAUCGAACGACGAUCGAGAACCGUGACGAUCGCCUCUAUCGAGCCAUCUUGUCACGACGAAACCGUGAAAAAGAGAAUUUAAAAAAGAUUUUGUUUCGACCUUCGAACGCGCGAGACUCGAUCGUCACUGUUUGUUUUCCUUCCGCCGGAAGCGGUGGCUCACUGUUGUGCGUGCAGGUCCGCGGGAAGAUACCCUUUUAUUCGAAACGGACAGACGAAAAAGACGUUUUAUUCGAAAGAUCGAAACGCGAUACGCACGCAUUCCGACGGAUAACCGACUACGAUGAAGGAGGAAGUCUAACGUUAAAAGAAAAAAAAAAAUAUAAGUGAGAAAACAGAAAAUUGUAAAACAUUAGAGGUUAAAUCGAUAAAAAAAAAAAAUAAACGAGAACACAAAACGUAGAAACGUAACGCGCGAUCAGCAGAACAAAAAAUGAACAAAUGAGACGCAAGUAAACGAACAAAAAAAAAAUAAAUAUGAAGCGAUUCCAUUAUUCAAUUUAUUAGGUCUUAGACGCGAGUUUUACCAAGGGAUAUAUUCUCAUCUAUCUUUUAUUAGACGAACAAAAACGGAGCAAGAGUUGAAACGGAAGCGACACUUUGAUACCGUGGCGAAUCGGAAGACCGAAUGGAAGGAAGAAUAACUGCGCGUGUGUUUUGUAAGAGAAAAUCAGAGAGCAUGAGGUGUGAAUGGUUACGGCUGCGAAAUGGAGGUCAGUGUGCGUGGAAGAAAGGGGGGAAUGAAAGAUCGCGCGAGUGUUGGGUACCAAGAGAGCGAGACAGGUAACAAAACAAUAAUUAUACAGAGAAAUUUAUGUUACGCGCCUUUAUUACGAGUACUUGAACUUUUCGCCUCGCUACUUUAGUUAGUGAAAGGAAAAAAAAUUUUAACAAAAAGCGCAUCAAAACUACCAAAGCCUAGCUAAUUCCGAGAGGAGAAUUUA